CUUUUUGACGAACCGAAGUAUAUAAGGCCAGUACCAAGUUGUUAAAACGCGACGUUGCAGUGUUCUGUCUGCCUUACCGCUAGAGUUUGAUGAAGUUUCCUUCAGUGGUCCACAUGCCGGUUUUUGCUGGUUCAUUUUCUUGUGUGCUAGCUUAAUUAGCUAGCCGGGACUGUUGUUGUCAGUUGUAACCUAGCAGCCAAAGCACUGCAGCAUGGACAUCUUUGGGUGGAAGUUUACUGUCAUUUUAACUAAUUUUUAACCUACAUUUGGAAUCUGUCAUGUCUAUCUUAUCCUACCGAGUGAAGUUAAAUGAUAACAGACAUCUUUUGUUUGUUUGUUUUUUUUACUUUAACCUGCAAGUCCCAGCCUUUAACUAGCUAAUUCGGAAAAGAGGUGUAACGUUGCAUUUUGUUUCCUGGCAGUUGGUGGUGUACUUAAACGUCCUUACAAAAUGUCCAUGAAGUUAACCUAAUCUGAGGAGUACAGCAACGUUUAGCCAUUGUUUCCUGGCCACAAGGAGCUAGUUAUGACUAAUCACCGCGCAGUUUACUCAGUCCUAAAUUAGCUGAAGUUUCACACAGUAUAUACAUACUGCAUCCAAGAUGUCUGUUGCUCUAGACUGGGACAAAGCGUCCAGAAUUGACCCUGACGCCAUCAUUCACCAUCAAAAAAAAGAACUGGAUGAUGUCUUCAAUAUGAUCCUUUCGGCAGAUGUUUGGGGGGUGAAGGAUAAAGCUCCGGAGGACAUUAUUCACAUCCUCAGAGUGUCUCAGGCCCUGUUGAAGAUCAAUAAUCAAGAACUUGAUGGCGCUUUGGUCUUACUGAAGGAAAGCGAGAUGCGGCAUAGUAAAACUGAAAAGGAACUACAUGCAAAGUUGGCGAGGCUGGAACAAGAUCACAAGGUACUGCUUCAGCCCGGCACUGGGCCAGACACUCGCUUUCUUAGAGAUGAGAUCCGGCAGCUCGAGAACCAGCUGGAGCAAAGGGAGAAUGAACUGACCCAGUUAAAGAAAGAAAUGGGCAAGGAAAAGAAAACCAACAAGGAGUUGGUUGUACGAGCAGAGGAGGCUGAGGAUGAGGUGAAGAGGCUGAAAAGAGAGUUAAAAAAGCUUAAAAAGAAGAAUGAGCAGCUCCAGCAGGACGUGGACUUCUAUCGUGGAGAGCUGGAACAGAAAGAGCCAGUACCAUCCAGAGAUGAGAAUGCUGAGGCUCAGAGAAAGCUCACCUCAGCCAAUCGCCAGCUUCACCAGUACUUGGACGACCUUCAGCAAGCAGAGGAGGAAAACCUCCACCUGAAGACACAGAAUGAGCAGAUGCAAAAAAGUCUGGAGGAAUCUGUGAAGGAGAUGGAAAAGAUGACAGACGAGUACAACAAGAUGAAGAUUGUUGUGCAGCAGACUGACUCCAUUAUGGACCAGCUCAGGAAAGAGAGGGAUCACGCAAAGCUUCAAGUCAGAGAGUUAACUGACAAGAUUCAUAGCAUGACUGAGGAGAAUGACCCUAUUAUGGCAGCAGUCAAUGCCAAAGUGGAGGAGUGGAAGAGAGUGCUGUCUGGGAAGGAUGAUGAAAUUUUGGUAUACCAGCAGAUGAUACGUGACCUGAGGGAAAAGCUGCGUUCAGCCCAAUUGGACUUGGACAAGAGCAACAUUAUUGCCUUACAGCAGGUUAUAUAUGAGCUCUGCGGUGCCGUCCAAGAGAGGGAUAAUCAAAUCAAGAUGCUGAGUGAGCAGGUGGAACAGUAUACGGGGGAAAUGGAGAAACACACCCUGCUUAUUGAGGAGCUGAAGACAUCCACAACCAAAGAGAGAGGCCUUCCGGCAACCACACAGCACAAGAAGAUGGAAGAGCUGAAGUCAAAGCUGGAAGCUGCGGAGACCAGAGCAAUGGAAGCAGAGCAUAUUGUAAAAUUAGCAGAAGCUCAUGCUGAGGAAAAAGACAAAGCACUUAUUGAGGCUUCAAACCGCUUGAGCCAGUAUGAGUCUGGUAUUUAUGGCCUGGAAGCAGCCAUCGUGGAUAUCAAAGAGUGUAAAAAUCAAAUCAGAGUUAGAGAUCAAGAGGCAGAGACCAUGAUCAAAGACAUCAACCAGCUUGAGAUGAGAAUCAAUGACCUCAUGGAUGAAAAUGAGGAUUUCAGAGAAAAACUAGGUCUGGAACCAAAGCAAGAAGUGGAUCUGACAGAGUUCAGGCGUGCCAGAGAGCUCAGACAACGCCAAUACAAAGCAGAAAACCAAGUCCUCACCAAAGAGAUUGAACGACUUGAAGAGGAGAGAUUGGAGCUAAAGAAACAAGUUCGACGGAUGGUGAAGGAAAGAGCUGUGCCUGCAGGGGGCCCACAGUCAAGUUUGCUGCUAGAAGAGGAUGUAAGGCCCAGCAGAGCAGCACAGCAGCCACUCAAACAGAGUAGCACUUACAUAGAUGAAGAGAUCAAACGCAAGAAUGAGUAUCUUGAAAAAGAACUGAGCAAAAAGGAGAGAGAGCUGGAACUUCACAAGGCCCAGUUCCAAAUCAAAUUGGAAGAACUGUCGAGGGUGAAAAGAGAUUUGGAGACUACGCUGAAAGAUGUCCUUCAAGCUAUGAGGAUGAACAAAGAAACCACUUCAUGUGACAGUGUUAUCUCUAUUCCUAGUCUGGAAAGGCUGGCUAAUGAUGUAGAUGUCAAUAACAAGAGUGGGCCUGAGUCAGCGCCACAGCUCAAGUCCCAAGUACAUCAGCUGGUAGGCAGAAAUGAAGAACUGAGGCAGGAACUGAAAUUGGCCCGUGAAGAGGCAACCAGCAGCUUCAGUCAGCUUGCUCGAGCCAAAGAAAAGGUGAGCCAACUUGAAAGUCAACUGAAAUUGUUCAGGAAGUCAGGCAGCAGUGGAGCUGUCCUCCGACAUCUGACCCUCCCUGAGGGCCUGGAGCCCAGCAGCGCUGAGGUCAUCAGUUCCCUGAAUGAGUACGCUGUUCAACUUCUGCAGGAGAUGACAAACAAAGAUGAAAAAACCAAGAAACUUAUGCAAACACUGGAAGAACACAAGGAGAGGUUUGCUGUUAUCAGCCAUCAGCAGGGCCUCCUCUAUAAGGAAUACCUAAGUGAGAAGGCAGAGUGGCAAAAGGAAAAAGAGACAUUUACAGAGAUGAAGAACAAGCUGGAGGAGCAAAAGCAGGUGGAUGAUGUUAAAAUCCAAGAAUUUAACGAGCUACUAGACACCCUUCAGAAAGACCCAGAAGAAAUCAGGAGACAGCUGAGUGAAGCAUUUCGCAAGUUGACAGUGCUGAAGGUUAAUGAGAAGAAACUGACCCGUCGUUGCACUACCCUGCUGGAGCAAGAGCAGCACCUUUACAAGGAAAACAACAAGCUGAGGGACGACAGCAGCCACAUGCAAACGUCUGUCACCCAGAGGAUUGGAUACCUGCAGAGAUACAAGGAAAUGGCUGCAUAUAAGAUAGCGGCCCUGCAGAAGGCCUUGGAUGAUAGCGUCCCCUCAGCAGACCUGGAGAGAGCUAACAAACAGUACACAGAGCUAACUGUCAAAUAUAGAGACAUGCUACAGAGGGACAGCCGCCUCAUACAGAGAACCACCAACCUUGAACAUUUAGAGAGUGAGAACGAGUCUCUGCGAGAACAAAUCUCUGUCAUGAAAAAAGAACUGGAGAUCACUAAGGAGAAACUUAAUACAUUAGAGCAAGCAUUGGAGAACAUCAAUUCAACUGGAGAGCAAUAUGGGAUGGAUAAGGCAGACAAGGGGUCAGUCAACAAUGAGACGGUAUCUAUUGCGAGAAGAAUCACCACUUUAGAGAUGAAGGAGUUGAACGAGAGGCAGAGAGCUGAGCAUGCCCACAAAAUGUAUGAACACACGAGAAACUCCCUCAGGCAAGUGGAAGAGCGCAACUUAGAACUGGAGUCCAAGUUUGCAGAGUUGACCAAGAUGAAUGUAGAGGCCCAAAGGGUGGAGCGGGAGCUGAGAGAUGAGCUAGCAGACAGCAUCAGCAAGGCUGUGAGUGACGCCGACAGAGCCAAAAUUGCAGAGUUGGAGAAGGCAGAGGCUGAACUUCGCAUCGAAGUUUCCAAACUUCAGGAGGUGUCUGAUGUAGCCACUGCACAGGUAUCUGCUCUACAGGCCAGACAGAAGUCCAAAGAGAAAGAAGUAGAAGCUUUGAGGAGACAAAUACUCGACUACCAGUCACAAUCAGAUGAGAAGGCCCUUAUUGCGAAGCUCCACCAGCACAUUGUAACUCUGCAGCUAAGUGAGUCAGCUGCUCUGGGAAAACUGGAGGCUGCAACCUCUCAUAUCCAGCAGCUGGAGGCCUGCAAGCUGCGUGCUGACCAGAAGCUGGAUGCCAGUGAGCGCACUCUCUUCCUUGCCCGCCAGGAGGGCAGAAACCGCUCCAAGCACCUACGGCAGACCAUCCAGUCGCUACGUAGGCAGUUCGCUGGAGCACUGCCACUUCAGCAGCAAGAAAGGUUCUCUGUAAUGAUGGUGAGCCUCCAGGAGGACAGAGCAAAAUCCCAGGAGGAGAAGAGAAAGGCCGAGGAAGAGAGGAGGAGGGUGGAGGGAAGGGCUGAGGAGCUCGAACUGAAGCUUCGAGGGAUGGAGGAGCUCAUCUCAACACUGAAGGAUGUGAAAGGGGCUCAGAAGGUUACUGAAUGGCACAAGAAGAUGGAAGAAGCUCGCCUGCAGGAGCUAAGAAAAGGCAGGGAGCUAGUGGUCCAGAGGGAGGAAAUCAGGUACCUAAAGAACCUUGUGGAGGAGCAGGAGCGAGCCAUCCACAUGCUGGAAGAGGACAUUGUGCAACAAAACACUCUUCAAGAAGAGCGCCAGCUAGCGUGGGAUCAACGAGAGGUGGAGUUGGAGCGUCAACUGGACCACUACGAGAAACACCAAAAUGAAAUUUUGAAUGGUGCAGAAAAGUUUGAGGAAGGUACAGGAUCCCUACCAGACCCAACUCUACCGCUUGCUCAUCAGUUUGAGUUUGCUUUGGGUAAAAUCAGAGAACAUGUCCGCACUAUUUUGGACACACAGGCCACCUGCAAAAGUCUGAACAAGAGGUUGAAAGAAAAAGAAGAAGCUCUCUGGAAGGCAGAACAGAACAUUGUGUCCAGGGAUAAAGUGAUCAACGAGCUGCGUCUUCGGCUCCCAGCUUCUGCUAACAGGGAACGCCUGCUAGCGGACCUGAUGAAGCACGAAGAGAGCCAGUCAGGUAGUCAGCCUGCCCUCAAGCUGGCUCACCAGACCAUCAAAGACCUUCAGGGUCGACUUGACAAAAAAGAGGAUGUGCUAAAGAAAUACCAGAACCAGCUGGCUCAAGCAAGACAGGAUCAAGAGGAGAUGAUAAAGAGACAUCAGGAGGAGUUGAAAACGGUGCAUCAGAAGUUGGACCUGCACACAGAUACCUCCCCGGACCACUUCAAACACACAGCAAUGGAGUUGAUGAAGAAGUCCACUAUCAGCGUGCCAACCUCCAAGCACCUGAAGCGUCUGGCUGAGUUAGAACAGACAGUGGCCGAGCAGGACAUUUCACUCUGCUCCAUCACAGAGAAGCUGAAGCUGACCACUGCUGAGCUGGAUCGACAGAGGACCGCCAUGGAAACACAGGCUAAGAAACAUGCAGACGAGAUAUCAAAGCUGGAAGAGAAUCAUGUUGGCAAGUUGAUCGCUCUGACUGGUGAGACUGAGAAUCAGAGGAGCCAGAUGGCACAGAUGGAGAAGGAGAUGAACAACCUCCAGACUGAGCUGGAAGUCCAGAAGGAGGCCAACAUCCGCUCCCCCAGCAACACCAUGAAAAACCUAGUGGAGCGACUAAAAGCACAGCUCACACAGAAAGAGAAACAGCUCAAGUCUCUUAGUAAAGCUCUACUGGAGCUGAGGGCAGAGAUGACAUCUGCCGCAGAGGAGCAAGUCAUAGCAAGUGCUGCACAAAAAGAGGAGAACCUCAAUGUACAGAUGUUGGUUGACAGACACACCAAAGACUUGAAGACACGAGUGCAAGAACUUAAUGAGGAACUUCAAGCUGCAAAAGAGUCUGCCAAAGCAGCCCGAGGCCGGGAAAGUAAGCUGAAAGAAGAAGUGGACGGAUUGAACCAAGACAUCCAGAGGUGUCAGAAAACCCAGAGACGCCUGCAGGCUGAAAAGGAGGAGCGAGAGCAAGAAAUCCAGGAGCUCAAGCAGCAAAUCAAGAGGCUCACCAACGCCCUUCAGAAUCAGCCAGAACCAGAUGAGAGAGGACCGGCCAUUGAGAAUCUGCAGAAGAAGAUCAGGAGGCUGGAGUCUGACUUGGAGAAAAGAGCAGAAAUAAAAAAUGUCAAAGAUGAUCACAGAAAGACUAAAGAAGAAAUAGUGCGGUGGGAGGAGGGCAAGAAAUGGCAAGCCAGGAUGGAGAAGUUGAAGAGUUCACUAAAGGAGAAGGAACGAGAGAAUGAAACACUGUGCAAACAACACAGCACUCUUAAAGACCUUUAUGCCAGACUGGAACUAGAGAAGAGUGCACUGCAGAAAAAGCUUAAGGCUCGAGGUGUGACUGCUGAUCAGGUGGUGGGAGUGCGAUCCACUGAAAUGGAAAAGGAGAUGGAGGAACUGAAGAAGAAGAACUCUGAACUGGAGAAACAAAUCCUCACCAUAAGACAGCACCAGGCUUUACCUCGAGAUGACGCAGUGGACAAUCUGAUGCUGAGGAACCGCUUCCUGGAGGAGAGACUCCACUCCUUAGAGAGCCAGAUACCCAAAGACCCUCCAUCAAGACCGUCAGGCAAAAGCAUCUGUUCCCAGGCUCUGAAAGGGAUUUGUUCUGGCACUUUUGAUGUUGAGGAUGGGUCAUGCGAAGGGAAUGCAGCAUCCCGUUGUGUUGAGUCCUUCAGAGACACUGUCAGUCCUGGCACUGUUGAGGACACCUGUGGCCAUCAGAGGGAGGCAAAGCAAUGUCGGACAGAUGUAGAAACUCAAACCAGCUUUGUUUGUACUGAACAAGAAGGACUGAACCUUGAUAUGACAGAAGUCACAGCAGCUGACAAAACAGAUGUGGUCACAGAAGCAGAUGUUGAUGAUAAUUACAUUGAAGAACAUGAGAGACAAAGAGGAGCAGAUGUUAUAAAAAGUCCACAAGACACAAAAGACAUCCCAAUGGCUGAAAAACAGGAAGAACCACAGGCCAAUAAAGGAAGCGAGUUCGAGCCUAAUGAUCCAGCAGAAAGACCAGAAUCGGUUGUGUCACCCUCUGCUCCAGAGGCAGUUACAGAUGAUCAAACAAGUGAAACAGUUAAUAAAGAUGGUUCUGGUGAAUUAGAUGGUGAAGACACAGAAGAUGAUGAGGUGGUAAUCCUAUCAGAAAAGCCAAAACAGACUGAGGAACAGAUUGAGCUCAAAGAUGAAGAGCACAAGACUGCAAAGGACAUAAAACAAGAUAUUCCAGAACAGUCUUGCUCAGCAGAAACAGAUGUGGAUGUCAGUGCCAUGCUGAGCAAACACCCAGAAAGUAGAAAAUGGGAUGGUCGAGUGCGAACACGAGAAAGCAGAUCUCUUAGAUAUCUGAAGACUUCAGGAAGAGGUACUGGCACACCAUCACAGAGAGACCAGGAUGCUCAAAAAGAAAACCUCAAGCUGGCCUCUGAGAACCUGGAGUUGCGCUUUCAGCUUGAGCAGACCAACAAGGACUUACCAAGACUCAAGAAUCAAGUUGCAGACCUGAAGGAGAUGUGCAGUGCUCUGAAAAAGGAAAAGGCAGAGAUAGAGAAGCAAUUGGCUCAUACACGUGGAGCUGGUCACAGUGGUAAAACUGUACCAGAGCUUGAGAAGACCAUUGGCUUGAUGAAGAAGGUGGUGGAGAGGGUGCAGAGGGAAAAUGAAUCACUCAAGAAAUCCAGUGCACCUACAAAUCAGGACAAGAUCGCUGCUUUGGAGCAAGAAAAUGAAAAACUAAAGGCUGAGUUUGAGACCUUGAAAAGUCAAAGCGAAGCUGAGCUGAGUUCAAAACUUGAAUCUAAAACCAAAGGACUGGAGAAAAUAGUGAUGGAAAAUGAACGUUUGCGCAAGGAGAUUAAAAGGGAAAAGGAUUCUGCCGAGAGGCUGAGAGUGACCAAGACAAAUCUGGAAGCAAACAACGAGAAGCUUGAGGCAGAACUGGAAGAAACCAAGCAAAGACUGCAGGCAGCUCUAUCCAGAGCCAUUCCAGAGGGAGCAGAUAGUAAGACCUGGAAAGCAUCUGUGGUAACCAGAAUGUUUGAGAACAAGAUGAAGGAGCUAGAGAGGGAGCUCUCGCAGAAAACCUCCAGCCUCUCUGAACUCAAACAGCAGCUGAAGGAGGUGAAAGAGCGUGAGAAGAAAGCUCAGACAAGCAUUUGGCAGCUUGAAGAUCAGGUUGACAUGUUAAAGAGGUUCCCUGCUGCCUCAAAGCCUGAUGUAGGACUCACCAAGGAGUUCCAGGACAUGAGGCUGGUCAACACCGAGCUGCAGAAGGAGAAUGCAGAACUGAAACAAAAGAUGAGCGAGUACACUGAGCGGUAUGGUGAAACACCUUCUAAAUUAGAUUAUGGGAAACUCAAAAACCUUCUGCAGGCAGCUGAAACUGAGAAAACUAAACUUCAAACUGAGGUCAAAAAGCUGAAAAAGGAACUGGAGAACUUUGACCCAGCAUUUUUUGAAGAGAUUGAGGACUUGAAAUAUAACUACAAUUUAGAGGUGAAGAAGAACAUCCUGCUGGAGGAGCAGCUGAAGAAGGUGUGUGAUCAGUUUGGUGUUCAGGCCGAGUUGCCCAGUGUGUCCAUCAGUUAACUCAGGAUUGCUGUGCCUUUGAUUGGAGCUAGGAUUGUUGAAACUACAUCUGGUUGUACUUUUAGGGUUGCCAGUUUUUAAAUUUAGAGUAUUUAAGUCAAGCAUAUUUUCCUGCAGUUUGAAAACUAAAAUCGCAUUCCUAAACAAAAAAAAAAUAAAAAAUAAAAUAAAAUACUUUUCAAAGUAAAGGUUAGUUGUUUUCACUAAGGCAGGUGUUUUUGUGUUAAUAUGUUUAUAUUAAGUUCCUGUUUUGGCAAUGUAGCAUAUUUAUAAGAGUUCUCUGUUUUUGUCAAUAAAAUAUUUUUUUAUUUUUGCAUUUUAAAUAGUCUUAAAAGUCUGUUAAUUAGAAAUGUUUACAUCCUCAUCAUUUAUUCUUCACUCAGCAAUGAAACAGUUGUUAACAUACAGUAUUUACAGUAUAGAAAUUGAACAUUUUUAACAACUUAUGUUGCUAAACACGUCCAGUUGGUCAGUUUUACACUAAAGCUGUACACAGUUCUGCAAAACAAGUGGCAAAGUGUCUUCAGGCUUUCAAACACUCCACUCUUCCUCUGUGGUGGCAAACAAUGCGUCUUCACACACCUCAUUGUAAACCGCUCUGGUUAAGACUUUCAGCUAUUUAUGUUUUUAAAAAGCAGCAGUUCUGCAUCAUUGAUUUCCAUGGAAUAAAUUAAGUGCUAUAAAGAGUGAA